UCACUUUCAGGAUUCACCCAGAAUGAAAUCAUCAGCGUCAUCUUCUUCUUCACAUGAUUCCUUGUAUUUCUCGGCCAUCCUUGGCCCUAGCAGCAGAGAAAACACUGAUGGAGAAGAAGACACCUACAUGGAAUCAUCAUCAUCAUCAUCCGCAGCAACAUCGUCUUCUUCAUCCCUCUUCGACCUUAGCUCUAGUACCAGAGAAAAUACUCAUCAUCAGGACUACUUAAAAUCACCAUCAUCAUCAUCAUCAGCAGCAGCAGCAUCAUCUUGUUCAUGUUCAUCUUCCCAGCCUUCAUCUUCUAACCCUAGCCCAAUUACAGGAGAAAAUAGUCAUGGCGUAUUCAUCAGCUUCAGAGGAGAAGACACCCGCUACGGGUUCGUAAGCUAUCUCCAUGAAGCUUUGGAAACGAGUCAUAUCAGAACAUACAUGGAUGAUCGCGAUCUGGAAAGAGGGAACGAAAUAUCAUCCACGCUUUUAAGAGCAAUCGAGCAAUCCAAGAUUUCACUCGUCGUCUUCUCCAAAAACUACGCCUCCUCAAGUUGGACUUUGGAUGAACUAGUGAAGAUAAUGAACUGCAAGAGAACAAACGGACAAAUUGUCCUCCCCAUUUUCUAUGGAAUUAGUCCUUCAGAAGUCCGAAAGAAAAGGAGUUAUUCAAAUAUUUUCAGAAAUCACAAUAACCUGUUUAGGUCCAAUGUGAAGGAGACAAAGCAACGGUGGGAGAACGCCAUGAAAGAAGCGGCCGAUCUCGCUGGUUGGGAUAGCUCUUCUUAUAAAAAGGAAUCUGCCCUUUUGAAGGAUAUAGUUAUUGAUGUGAAGAGAAAACUGGACUGUAUGAGCCACGGGAAUGAAGGACUUUCAUCGCAGAAUUGUUCACCUGACGACGGACCCAAUUCCGGCGGCGGCUCUUCACACGAUGAUGAUGACCCUACGCCUGAAGAUUCUUCUCCCGCGGCAUGCCCGUCACAUGGAAAUCUGAAUUUAGUGGGCCAUCUGGUGGACAAGAUAUGGGAUGUUUUGUUGCGGAAGGAGAAUGAGAGGUUGAUACUCCAAACCAGGACGCCUCAUCAGCCAUCAUGCUUGGAUAGUUCCAGGUCCUAUGUGUAUAGGAACCGAUAUGUACCCAAACAAGAGCAUAUAUGGUGGGGAACGCGACAUUAACAUUUAUCAUCUUGUUCUGUUCAUAGUUGAAGCAACUUCUGCAAUUGUUCUAAAGGGCUGCACAUGUAUGGUUUUUUUUUUUUUUGGCCAAAGGCAAACAAAUGCACGGCCACAUUUUGAAACCUGGGUCUGAGUCAGAUGAGUCUGAUCUGAUGUUGUUUUGUAAAAGCUAGUUUAAUUCCUAUUUAGUUUUUAUGCGUGCCACUUGUUUGAUGAAAUGUUUAACGCAAAACGUAUGUUAACCUCAUAAUUGUACAAUUAAUGCAGAGUG